AUGCCGAAUGUAUUUAAAGUGAGCACGAGUCAAAAACGAUUUUACACAUGCUGCGGCAAAUUACACGUAAAGUUAGCAUUCCUUCUCAUAAUAUGUAUGACGAUCGUAGCCGAAGUUUUCGAGACAAUAUCCUAUGUGAUGAAUGGUCUGCCAGAAGGAACGACUUUUAUCGCAUAUGCACUAGAGAUCUGGGAGUAUAUUGUGACAUUGACAAUGAUGCUAGCAGUAGUGAAUGAAAGUACCUUCUUCUUAUUACCGUACAUUGGCGAAAUGUUUGUUGUUGUAACAAUGAUGCUGAUAUUGAUAUUUCAACUUCUGUACUGCAUGAUAUCUCCAUAUUCUUCAACAGCAGAACAGUUAUUCGUUGAUGGCCGCUACUCAUUACUGCAACGGGAGAAGAAACUUUUCACCAUUCUCUUAUUCGUCGCAUUCUUCACUGCCCUUGCCGGAUGGUUCCUGAAUGUCGGGUUGACAACUUAUAUGUACUUUGAAUAUCUCGCUACUAAAAGGAACAGGAGACCCAGACGACUCCCUGGCGAGCCUGCGCCAGCUCUUGUUCAACGUGACGCUCUUCCGGCCACACCUGCUGCGGUGACGAUAUCGUUUCCCAAUCCCAACUUCAGCAAUAAUUCGGAUGAGGACGACGAAGUCUUCGAGAGAGGAGCCCAUCCCCCUGUCGCUGCCGUAUGA